AAUUCGAAUUAAAAAAGUUAACCAACCAACUUCCUAAUUUGCCGGCUCUGGAUACUCCUACUAAUGAGGAAGGCAACCAAGUAAUUGACAGUACUGAAUAUCAACACACCAUUCAGCACAAUUUAACCCACGAAACAAUAUUAAAAAAAUUAAAAUUAAUUGACGAGGAAAAAAGUAUUCUCCUCUCUGGUAGCAAGUUCGCAGUUUACCAAGAUUUCGGCAGUCAAUUAUUACAUGCUCUUAUUAAUUUUAUGAGAGCCGAAAAUAGUAAGCGGGGCUAUCGUUUGUUUGACACCCCUUAUUUAGUCAAGGCCCAUAAUCUUUAUAAUACCGGGCAAUUUCACAAGUUCCAAGAUAAUCUUUAUAAAUUGGAGGAGAGUGAGUUUUAUCUCCUACCCACGGCCGAAGUUAGUUUAGUUAAUCUUUACCAGAGUCAAAUAUUAACCGAAGAAGAAUUACCUUUGAAUUUGUGUGCCUAUAGUCCCUGUUUUCGGGCUGAAAGAAUGGCAGCCGGUCAGGAGAAUAAAGGUUUAAUUCGGCUCCACCAAUUUCAUAAAGUUGAAUUAGUGAAAAUAGUUAAGCCUGAGCAUUCCUAUGCCGAAUUGGAAAAAUUGUUAACUGACGCUCGCAAUAUUCUCCAUUUACUAAAAAUUCCCCACCGCGUAAUUGAACUUUGCUGCUCCGAAUUAGGUUUUACAGCAGCCAAAACUUAUGACAUUGAAGUCUGGUUGCCAACUAGCCAAAAAUGGUUAGAAAUCUCCUCAUGUAGUAAUUGUGAAGACUUUCAAAGUCGUCGGUCCCAAAUUCGGGUUAGAAAAGAAAAUCAAAAAUACUAUCCUCACACUCUUAAUGGUUCGGCUUUGGCUAUCGACCGCUUAAUUCUUGCUCUUUGCGAAUAUUAUUAUGAUAAGAAAGCAGACUGCUUGAUUAUUCCUUAUGCUCUUAAAAAAUAUCUCAACUUCCAAUCUCGUAGCCAGGAUAGUUAA